UUCUCUUAGUUUCUGUAUACCAAACUCACCUCAAACAUCUGAUGCAUCGACGCCUCCGUCAUCUGUGACUUCUCGUCUUUUCUCUGUCGUCGUUUCUCCUCGUUUCCAUCCUCCCAUCUACUCGUCUCCGUCACACCUCGCUCUCUCUCUGCUCUCUUGUCUCCGGUGGCAAGGCGGAGCUUCGUCGAAGGCGGCAGCAAAGCUUCUGAGUUUCUCAAAGAGUUACCGGAGAAAGAGGCAGAAAAGCCAUCAGUUUCUCAGCCGCCGUGGCGACUCUCUUCCCUUAUCGACCGUGAUGAGCUCUCUCAUCCCUCUCAGUGUUGAGACGGAGAGAACAGAUCCGGAGGUGGAGAGAAAAGAUCCGGAGACAGUGUGAAAUUGGAGAAUGAACAAAUAAAUUGGAGGAUGCACAAGAGGCUUGACUAUGGAGGGGACAAGGCAUGGUCUCGGCGGCAAUGGUGCAAGGCGUGGUCUCGAAGCCAGAGUGUGAGAUUGGAUUUUCAGGAGUAAUAGAGCUUGUUAAGGAGUUCAGGGACGAGGUUAAAGAGCAAGAAAGUUUGCACCUUUGGAUGAAUCUCGAACUGAUCAAAACACUGGCUUGUUAUGCUCCUCUUCUCUGCGGUUUCUCUCUGUUUCUUCUUCCUUGUGAUCAGAUAGUUUCUCCACCUGAAGCUUCGAAGUUGGCCGCAAAGUACACAGGAGAAGGGUUUAAAACCCUGAAGCUCAAGGUGGGGAAGAACUUUAAGGUCGACAUAUAAGUUCUCCAGAGACUUAGCUUUAGGUUUUAUAUUUUUGGUGGUCAUGGCGAAGAUGGUGGAGACUUAGCUUUAGGUUUAUGUUUUUGGUUUAGCUAUAGGUUUAUGUUUGGUUUAGUUAUGGUUUAGAUUUUUGGUUUUGUUUUUGGUUAUUUUGUAAACAAUUUCGAUAUAUAAAAUUCUUUUUAAAAAAUUAA